AUGGGUCUCCCGAUGUGCAGGCUUGUGAUGAGGGUGCUAAGAACAGGGCAGAUGAGGGGAUGGAAGAUGCAGGUUGGAUGGAGCUUGAGGGUGGAGGCGAGGCAAAUGCCGCCUUUUAACGCUUGCCGGUUUUGUCCUGAUCAAUCUGUCAUUAUGAAUGUGUUAAUUUGGAAUUGCAGAGGGGCUUUGAAGCCCAAUUUUCAAGAUUAUAUUAGAGAAUUGUUUCGCAGUCACAAUCCAGCGAUUCUAGUUGUGAUGGAGACUCACAUUGGUGGGGUGAGAGCUAGGGAGAUCACCGAUAGGCUUCCGUUUGAGAAUGCUAUCCAUACGAACACUAUUGGUCUUGCUGGGGGUCUGUGGAUGUUGUGGAAUUCGGGAAGGGUGGAUGUCACUCACUUGGCAAGUACGGAGCAGGAGAUCCAUGCUAUUGUAAAGGUAUCGAAUUCUGACUCUAAUUGGUUGCUCUCUGCUAUUUAUGCUAGUCCUAGGAGUGCUGAACGGGAAAUUUUAUGGAAUAAUUUAAAUAAGACUGCUGAUUUACAUGAUAUGCCUUGGGUUAUUGCGAGAGAUUUCAAUGAGCCGCUUACUGGGAAGGAUAAGUUUGGUGCUAGGCCAGUGAGUGUGAGCAGAUCCUUACUUUUUAAAGAUUGUUUAGAUAAGUGUAACAUGAUUGAUAUUGGGUUUACGGGGGCUCGCUUUACCUGGACUAAUAAAAGACCUCUUCAAACUCUUAUCCAAGAACGGAUAGAUAGGUUUUUUGUGAAUCCUAGAUGGUGCUUAUUAUUUCCUAACGCGAAAGUUACACACCUCAAUCGAUGCCAUUCAGACCAUUGCCCUGUUUUGCUUGAUAUGCAGCCAAGACCUUUUGUAGGGAGGAAGAGGCCUUUUAGGUUUCAAUCUUGUUGGCUGUCUGACCCCUCCUUUCCAAGGGUUGUUUCUCAGGCGUGGCAUCCAAAUUCUUCGUUGUUUGAGGCAAUUAAGGUUUUCACUGAAGAUGCAGCUAAGUGGAAUAGAUUGAACUUUGGAAAUAUUUUUGAUAAAAAGAAAAGCAUUAUGGCUAGGUUAAAUGGCAUUCAGAAGGUUGUGUCGGUUAGGCCUUCAAAUUCUCUCCUUAACUUAGAGAGUGAAUUGCAAAGGAAGCUUGAAGUGGUGCUUACGCAAGAGGAGGAAUUUUAG